AUGAGAGUGCACUGUCCAGGCAGGGAACGAAGCAGCUGGAAUGUCUGAAACGAAACGACUGGAUUUUAGUACUCAAACUAAUUAUUUAUCUGCAGCUCAUUCUUUAUUGAAUAUACUACGUUCAGAAACAACCCGGUAAUCGUGAGUACAUAAGUGUCAUGCAAUUUGACUCAUACAGUUGAAAGCAUUUGGAAGUAAAUCCUGCUGCUACUCGACUCGGCGUUGUUAGCCAGCCACAGUAGCAUCCUAGCAGUACACUACAGCUCCCUACAGUAGUAUAGCUUGUCAGCAUCACGCUCAUCCUUUCUGCGUAUUUGUUCCCUCUUUGCUUUUCCUUUUUAGCUAAUCACCAAUACGUUAGUUUAAUACUUUACCGCGUUGCUAACUUAAUUCAGACAGUCAAUCUGUUCAUUCCAUAUAAUACUCGUGACACCAGAGAGCCGUUAUUACCCACACAGUAGCUAGCUCGCUCAGUUGCAGUACUCCUAGUUCUAACGCCCGACUAUGAUCCUGAAGCAUUUAUGAGCAUUACUUCCCUAACAUUUCAGACUUGCAAGUUGUCUAAUAGUUUAAAUUUGACGGACAUUAUAUAUUUUAGGAUAAGUUUUCUAUACACUUAGCCUACUAUUUAUUUAAUAUGAAUCUUGAACAAAUCCCAGUUGUCUAGAGUUUACUAGCUAUUUAGCUGGCGGAACUGGAGAAUGGGUCCACGGCUGAGAGGAAGAGGAUGAUUCCUUUAUAUCUUGCAGAUAAUUGUUCGGCGGAACUUAUCGAUUGCCAGCUGACUAAUACGACAAGACAAGUGGUCACUACGAUUGUGGAUUGUAGUCGUCUAAAUCUGUAGCUGACAUCAAUUUUGCUAGCCGACUCGCUAACUCACUCAGUGCACUCCACCUCUGUGCUCUGGUUAAUCAUGGUGGUUAGAGGGGUUGCACAUGUUUUGUCCCAAGCCGGGGAUGUGGCCAUCCCAGGAGCCGGGAUGUCUGCUAUAUCGUCGCCAAACACGUCGGUAUCUGCAAGUCCCACGCCAGACCCAAACACCCGCGGCUGCGAGAACGGUGACUUGAUGGACUCUUUUGGCAUCUUUCUUCAAGGCCUGCUCGGAGUCGUGGCCUUCAGCACACUCAUGUUGAAGCGCUUCAGGGAGCCUAAGCAUGAGAGAAGACCAUGGAGAAUUUGGUUCCUGGAUACUUCCAAACAGGCCAUUGGAAUGCUAUUUAUACACUUUGCCAAUGUCUACCUGUCUGACCUUACAGAGGAAGACCCCUGCUCGCUAUACCUCAUCAACUUCCUGCUGGACGCGUCUCUGGGCAUGCUGCUGAUCUACGCUGGCGUGAGGGCAGUCAGUGCUGUUGUUGAGUGGCGGCAGUGGGACUCUCUUCGCUUUGGGGAGUACGGGGAGCCCGUGCAGUGUACGGCAUGGGCAGGUCAGUGUGCUCUCUACAUCCUGAUCAUGAUGUUUGAGAAGGUCCUCAUCAUCCUGGUUCUGCUAAUUCCUCAGUGGAAGAAGCUGUCUCUCCUUAACCCCAUAAACAACCCUCAGUUGGAGCUUGCAAUCGUCAUGCUUAUCGUUCCGUUCUUCGUUAACGCCCUGAUGUUCUGGGUUGUAGAUAACUUCCUGAUGAAGAAGGGAAGGACAAAAGCCAAGCUGGAGGAGCGGGAGGUGGGGGAGGACCCUCGAGGGAGCAGCAAGGUGCGCUACAGACGGGCGCUCUCCCAUGACGACUCGGAGUCGGAGAUCCUGUUUUCUGCCGAUGAUGAGAUGGAUGAUACGGAUGAGGAUGAUGUUCGCAGACUCACCAGCCACAAGACUGUCAAGAAGAAAAAACACCGCAUGGGAAUUCCUGUUUGACCUAAGGUUAUCCAGGCUAACCAGGUCACAACCUCAUAUCCCAACUAUUUCUCCCUCGUUCUUUUUCUCUCCCUCACUCUCUCGCUCUGCCCUGUGGACUGCCUAGGCUGGGGCCUGGUCUGGACUUGUUCUAUCUUGAGUAUGCACGUCAGUCUAUAUGCAACACACUGUUCAGUUGAGAACCAAUGAGCAGGACGAUGUCUUGACUGCAGACGGUCAGCGUGUUCUGGACAGCCUUCAUUCAUAAGGGACAUCAAACUGGGAGAUCCUACAUGGGAUGCACCAAUCUUCAGCUUUACUAACCACACCAUGUUGAUAUCACUACGGAUCUCUCCUGCUGGUGGUUUAAAGACAUUUAUUUGGGAUAAAAGCUCCUUAUGUAUGAGUGUUAUAUUGCUAAAGCAAUGUAUAUGAGUAUUGGCAAAGCUGUGUUAACACUGGUCUACAAGAGAUCCACAGUGUCCUCCUGUGGAUGAUGAUCCAUCUCCUGGUCACCGGGGCAGGAGGCAUUGGGGCAGGAGGGGUCAGAGCAGGGGCUUGCGGUUGGAUGUAGAGGGGGAGAGCAGGCACUGGGAUGUAACUCAGCUGUCCUCGCUCUCCUCCUGGCCUUCAUGCCAACCUCAUUUUAACAGUUUGAUAUAUUUGAUAUUUUGACAAACUCCUCACUUGAUUGUGUUAUCAUGUAGUUUCUAUAUAGAUACUGACAGAUGCUUUUCUCAUGAAAAAGGACAUAAUGAACUGUUGAGUUGGGGCCCCUGUGUGUGUGAGACAUGUACUGAGUUUAAGUUAAUAGAUGCAGAUACUGCAAUGUGAGUGAGGUAUUCAUAAAAAAAAUUCCCUGAACGUGAACACGGCUUUUUAAAAUUGACAAGAACAUUCGAUUUGCAUGUUUACAUUGUUCGAUGCGAUGUGAAAUGUAUUGUAAAUGUUAUCAAAGCCUUUGGAGGUUGCGGUAGGAUAGAGUGCAGCAGUUAAAUCCUCUUCCUGGAAAGCUCUGCAAUCUCUGUUGCUGUUCACGUCUGUGUGUCCAAACCUCUUUGUUUUGAAUCCUAUUUAUUCCUUGUCUGUGGUGUUUGUCCUUUUUUACUGGGUGUUGUAUUGGGCCAAAACCAUGGAAAAGCCUACUCCAAAAGUGUUUUUGGUUUCAGAUUACAUAGAUUGGAAACAAGUUUAUCCAACUUCCAGCCAACGGACUAACAAAACCUUCACCUCUUGCACAAUUUAUUUCUCCACUGUUUUGUGAAUUUUAUUUGUGUUGACAAUGUGCCUGUGUGAUUUUCACCAUGUGUGUUGAAUGUUCAUCUAAUGCCCCAGAUCUUCAGGUAUGCAGCAGUAGCGUUCACUGGCUUGAGCUCACAUCUAGAAAUAGGAGAAUUAAGCAUAAGCACAGACCUCUUAACUGUGAGUGACUGGACCAGACAGUAGGAAUGUGUGUGUUUGUGUGUGUUUGAGUGUCUCUUGUCUUUUAUAAGUUCUGUUAAAAGUUGGGUGGUGUUCUUCAGAGCUACUGUGAUGACUGGGGCUGGUGAUGUCAAAGGAAUAAGUGAGAGUACUCUGGUUAAGGUGGGCAACAUAUUAUAAAAAGGUUACAGUUGUUCUUGUCUAAACAAGGACAAAGAGGACUCUCAAUACUUUGUAAUUAAAAUAUCUAGCUCAGUAAAUGAGGAAAUUACAGAUAUCAUUAUAUUUGCUUUGGCAAUAAAGUUGUGUAAACAGAUGUGUAAUCCCAAA